AUGCAAUCAACACUUCGAGAAUCCAGUAAUGAAAUGGUUGAUGAAAUAUUUCAUAGUUUAUCCAAAGAUAUGCAUAUCGUCGUUUGUGGUUCACCUCGUGUUGGUAAAAGUACCUUGAUAAACGCCAUAUGCGGACGAGAAGUAGCUGAAGCUGGAGAAGGCCUUGCUUCAGUAACACAAGCUAUCCAGUGCUAUACCGUGGAAGGUCAGUGCAACACUGAAUCAAAUACCAUUCAUUAUAAAUAUAACUUUUGGGAUACACCUGGAUUUGAAUCAUGGGAUAAACACAAUAUUCGGCCGAAAUUAAAAGAGAUCAUUGGAAAGCCUGACUCAAAACCUGUCUGUAUGAUAUUUUGUGCAUCGCCUGUCACCUUCGUCGAUCUUACACAACUAGAAUGGCUUUUGAACUUGUGCAUCAAUAAAGAGCACAUAUUCUGUGCUUUGGUUUGCACAAAUAAGUAUGCUGGUCAACUUAAGAGUCGUCAUGCUGUUUUGGACACGUUUAAAGCGCUAUUGUCGAAAUUUGUUAAUGAGCCAUCAAGGGUUGAAAAUGAUAUCACGUUGUACGGUCACAUUGGCUUGUGUGCUUCAGUUAACAGUGAACCCUAUGAAAGUGAAAAUGGUGUAUUGCCCAAGUCCGGUAUUAAUGAACUCAUUCAUGGCAUUAUGGAAUCACUUGUCGAUGAGCAAAAAAUUUUUUUAUUUUUAGUUGAGAAUGAAAAUCAUUGUGAUUUUAAAAAAUUACGUGAUAGUCUUAUUGAGAAAAAUAUGCUUGAUUUAAUCGAAACAACACAUUCAAAACAUUAUGAAAUGUUUCGACGUAAUCGUCUUACUGAACUUGGUCUUGCUGAUAAUAUUGAUGGUAAACAAAUGUCAAUUAGUGAUACACUUGACAUGAAACGUAAUGAUCUUCGACAUGAACUUGAACAACGUGAACAACAUCUUAAAGAAGCAUUUAUUCAAAAAGUUAAAGAUAAAGAAGCUGAAUUAAAAGAAACAGAAAAACAAAUAAACGAACAAUUAACAAAUAUAAAAAAACAAUAUAAAGAUCAAAAAGAUAGAUGUGAUGAAAAAUGGCGUAUACUUGAACAAGAAAUAAAUUUAUUUGAACAACGUAAACGUACUAAUAUGGAAACAAUGAAGAAAGGCACAAAAAAGAAAUAA